AUGGCAGCAUUAUAUGGCUUUACCGAUGAAAAAGUGAAGGCGUAUCUUUCUCUUCACCCCAAGGUAUUAGACGACUUUGUAUCUGAAAGUGUUAGUGCAGAGAGAGUAGAGAAAUGGCUGAAGAGGAAGAACAACAAAUCAGAAGAUGAAUCAGCUCCUAAGGAAGUCAGCAGGUACCAAGAUACAAAUAUGCAGGGAGUUGCAUAUGAACUAAACAGCUACAUAGAACAACAGCUGGACACAGGAGGAGACAACCAGCUACUCCUCUAUGAACUGAGCCGCAUCAUAAAAAUAGCCACAAAAGCUGAUGGAUUUGCACUGUAUUUCCUUGGGGAGUGUAGUAAUAGCCUGUGCAUAUUCACACCACCUAGGAUAAAACAAGGAAAACCCCGCCUCAUCCCUGCUGGGCCCAUCACCCAGGGCACCACCAUCUCUGCUUAUGUGGCCAACUCCAGGAAAACAUUGCUAGUAGAAGACAUCCUUGGAGAUGAACGAUUUCCGCUAGGUACUGGACUGGAAUCAGGGACUCGCUUCCAGUCUGUUCUUUGCUUACCAAUUGUCACUGCAAUUGGUGAGUUGAUUGGUAUUCUUGAGCUGUAUCGGCACUGGGGCAAAGAAGCCUUCUGUCUUAGUCACCAAGAGGUUGCAACAGCAAAUCUUGCCUGGGCUUCGGUAGCAAUACAUCAGGUGCAGGUAUGCAGAGGCCUUGCCAAACUGACUGAAUUGAAUGACUUUCUACUCGACGUGUUAAAAACAUAUUUUGAUAACAUAGUUGCAACAGAUUCUCUACUUGAACGCAUAAUGAUAUAUGCAAAAAAACUGGUGAAUGCCGAUCGCUGUGCACUUUUCCAGGUAGACCAUAAGAACAAGGAGUUAUAUUCAGACCUUUUUGACACUGGAGAGGAAAAGGAAGGAAAACCUGUCUUCAAGAAGACCAGAGAGAUAAGAUUUUCAAUAGAGAAAGGAAUUGCUGGCCAAGUAGCAAGAACAGGGGAAGUCCUGAACAUUCCAGACGCCUAUGCAGACCCACGCUUUAACAGAGAAGUAGACCUGUACACAGGCUACACCACGCGGAACAUCCUGUGCAUGCCCCUGGUCAGCCGAGGAAGCGUGAUAGGUGUUAUGCAAAUGGUCAACAAAGUAAGUGGCAGUGCCUUCUCUAAAGCAGAUGAAAACAACUUUAAAAUGUUUGCCGUCUUUUGUGCUUUAGCCUUACAAUGUGCUAAUAUGUAUCACAGAAUUCGUCACUCAGAGUGCAUGUACCGGGUAACGAUGGAAAAGCUGUCCUAUCACAGCAUCUGUACUGCAGAAGAGUGGCAAGGCCUCAUGCGAUUCACCCUUCCCGUGCGUCUCCGCAAAGAAAUUGAAUUAUUCCACUUUGACAUUGGUCCUUUCGAAAACAUGUGGCCUGGAAUUUUUGUCUAUAUGGUUCAUCGGUCCUGUGGGACAUCCUGCUUUGAGCUUGAAAAGUUGUGUCGUUUUACCAUGUCUGUGAAGAAGAACUACCGGCGAAUUCCCUAUCACAACUGGAAGCAUGCGGUCACUGUAGCGCACUGCAUGUACGCCAUACUUCAAAACAACCACACGCUUUUCACAGACCUUGAGCGCAAAGGACUGCUGAUUGCAUGUCUGUGUCAUGACCUGGACCACAGGGGCUUUAGUAACAGCUACCUGCAGAAGUUCGACCACCCUCUGGCAGCUCUCUACUCCACCUCCACCAUGGAGCAGCACCACUUCUCCCAGACGGUGUCCAUCCUCCAGUUGGAAGGGCACAAUAUCUUCUCCACCCUGAGCGCCAGUGAAUAUGAGCAGGUGCUUGAGAUCAUCCGCAAAGCCAUCAUUGCCACAGACCUUGCUUUAUACUUUGGAAACAGGAAACAGUUGGAGGAGAUAUACCAGACCGGAUCGCUAAACCUUAAUAAUCAAUCACAUAGAGACCGUGUAAUUGGUUUGAUGAUGACUGCCUGUGAUCUUUGUGCUGUGACAAAACUAUGGCCUGUUACAAAAUUGAUGGCUAAAGAUAUAUACGCAGAAUUCUGGGCUGAGGGUGAUGAAAUGAAGAAAGUGGGAAUACAGCCUAUUCCUAUGAUGGACAGAGACAGGAUGGAUGAAGUCCCACAAGGCCAGCUUGGGUUCUACAAUGCUGUAGCCAUUCCCUGCUAUACCACCCUUACGCAGAUCCUCCCUCGCACGGAGCCUCUCCUUAAUGCAUGCAGGGAUAAUCUCAGUCAGUGGGAAAAGGUGAUUCAAGGGGAGGACACUGCAACUUAGAUUUUAUCCCCCUCCAGGUCUUAGAAGGCAGCUGCAUGUGAAGAGUAAGCCCCGAUCACCCGACACGCUGUCCCACCCACAGAUCCUCAUCUUCCUUCUUUGACAUUUUUCCCUUUUUACGGCGGGGCGGGGCGGGGGGGGGGCGGAACCUAUACCUGGUAACUGGGGUGCAGACCUCUUCAAGAAGGUAACAUCAAGUAAGUAAGU